AUGAGUGUCUGCUGCGCCGACAUGAUGACUGCGAAAGUGGGCCCUGACGCCAAGCCCUUCGUGGUGCAGACCUUGAUGGAGGACAGUCCCGUGACCACGGAGUUCUUGACGACCAUGUCCGGCCAGCUUCAGAACGUGCAGCACGUCAUUGACGACGUCACGACGCAGAUCGGAAGGCUUCAGCAGCAAAUCAACAACAAGCUGGGCCAUGUGGGCACAGUGGUGACCAUGCCCACAUUGGAUGAUGGUGGCUCAAGGCGCAUCGACCUCCCAAUGGACUUGGAUAACAUCACCAUGCAGAAAGCGCAGGGCGCAGGCACGCGGGUGCUGGAGCCCAUCGCAGAGCCCACUCCCGAGCCCGAGGAUGAGAAGGGCCCAGACGCUUCCUUAAAGGUCGAAGAGGGCCUGGAGGUCAAGGAGAGCAAGCGAACAGAAGCAGAUCAGGAAGCUAUCGACGAGUUGGUGCAUCAGUUCGAACGCUGCGAUGUUUCCACCAACGGAUUCGUGUCCGGUCAUGAGCUCGUUGCGCUGGCCUUUGCGCACGGCGAGCAGUUGCAGUUGGGCAGUGUCCUCAAGCUCUGCACGUACCUCUCUUCCAAUGUCCGCGCAUCCCUCCGGCCCACUAUGUUGGAUUCCGUGAGCGAAGAGAACCUGAAGACCGAGCUGGAUGUCAACGGCUUCGUUGCUCUGCGCUUUGACAAAGAGCUCUUCGAAGCAGCCCCAUCGGACAUCGCCGACGCCGCGGCCGCGCUGAACAGGGCCCUCGAUGAGGAGAACCGGAUCUACAAGUUCGAUCAUGACGCAGAUGUCAUGCGGCAGCGGCAGCGGAUCUACAUGGCCCGAGUAAUAAUGGAUGUCGGCAUUGUUGUCGUUAUCUCGCUGAAUGCACUGGCCAUUGGAAUCAGUGCGGAUGCCGCCGCGUCCGACCGGGCACUAUGGCAGGUGAUGGAGCUGGUUUUCGUUGGCAUCUACUUGCUGGAGUGCAUCGUGAAGCUUGCCUUUCUAGACGGAUGGCAGUACUUCGUUGGAGCCGAUCGCAGCUGGAAUAUCUUCGACUUCACAUGCUUAAUCAUCUCCAUGAUCGAGCUUACGAUCUCCUACAUCACGCAAGCCGUCGAAGGAGGAGGACAAGAGGGCGAGCGAGGGGUGCUCAACUUGCUCAAGGUGCUGCGGCUGGCUCGUUUGGCCCGCCUCGUCCGUGUGAUGCGGUAUAAGAUAUUCAGGGAGUUGAAGCUGAUGGCCCUUGGACUAUUCAGCGGCUUGCAAGCACUCUUCUGGGCGAUUGUGCUGCUGAUGGCCGUGGUGUUCACGAUGGGCAUUAUCGUGCGAGAGCUUUUCGGGGUACAUUCGCAACUGUUGCCGGAAUUCCAGAGCGUGGACCGCGCAAUGUUCACCCUCUUCCGAUGCUUUACAGGAACUUGCGAGACUUACGGAGGGGAUCCGAUCCCAGAAAUUCUCUUCGAUCAGCUUGGCUACGGGUUCCCACUGUUCAUCGGCUACUUCCUGCUCAUGAUGCUGGUCAGUGUCGGGCUCUUUAACUUGAUCAUGGCCGUCUUCAUUGACAACGUCACCAAGUCGCAGAACCAACGCAAGCAAAAGGAGCCGUGA